AUUUUCGGGUCCAUUUCAAUGACGAUACCGUGAUCCGAAAUCUAAGCCACCAUGGCGUAAUAUUUGAAAGACGACUUCAGUCCACAGUUUGUAAGAAGGUGGACUGCGAUCAGGUCACAAGGCUGGCGCCUGCUGUUCUGUACUCGGUGUCGAAGCCUGCUAGACUGCACGGGUUGUGAGCGCGGGCCCCUCGAGACCUCGACCUCGACGCAAUCGGGCUCGCAAGAUUAUUUCGUACUUCUUCCACCGUGACACCUUGACCUCAACAGGAAACAACAUGGAUUUCAUCACAAGGCUUCUCGGUGGCGUCACCAAUUCUAGCACGUCUACAGUCGUGGCAACAACCUUCGCGGCGACGGUCGUGUUGCUAUGGUCCGCCCGCUAUACCUUGUACCCGGUUCGAGAUCAGGUCCUGCCUGGACCUUUAACGACGUCCAUCCCCCACCUGUCCAAGGAAGAAGUAGCGAAGCUGCCCUACACGCCCGAUCACUUCCCGGGGGCUAGAGAUGUGGCGACUCCUUACGGCAACAUCCGCGUCUACGAGUUCGGCCCUGAAGACGGCCGAAAGGUCCUCUUCCUCCACGGCAUCAGCACGUCCUGUCUGACUUUGACGGACAUUGCGCUCGACAUGGUACACAAGAAGGGCUGCCGCGUCAUGCUCUUCGACCUCUUCGGUCGGGGCUUUACCGAUGGCGUCGGCGACCUGCCCUUUGACACCCGCCUCUUCGUCUCCCAGAUGCUGCUGGUUCUUGCCUCGUCUCAUCUCCCUUGGACAGGCGAAAACGCCUGCCAUGUCGUGGGAUACUCGCUUGGCGGUGGUAUUGCGGUCAAUUUCGCGGCAACGUUCCCGCAUCUCGUGGCGUCUCUCGUGUUGCUCGCGCCGGCGGGGGUCAUUCGUCCCGCGAAUAUCGGAUAUGCGUCGAGGCUUGUUUUCACGUCGGGGAUCAUUCCUGAACGGUUGCUCGCCGCGCUGACGAAACGGAGGUUGCGUACGCCGAUUGGGAAUGCGGUGCAUAAUAAGAAGAAGAUUCAGCAGAGCACGUCUGUGUCUAUGUCGGUGCCGACGACGGUGGAGGAUCUGACGCAGCCCCUGGAUGGAAAAGAGACGUUUACCGACGCUGCCGUGCAAGAAGCGGUAGACCCCGACGUCGAGGGCAAAGAAGACGACGACACGGUUAACAGUUUACACCCUCUUGAGGCCAAGAUCGCUGCGUACAUCCACUGGAUGCUCGAUGCGCACGCUGGGUUCGUGCCGGCGUUCAUGUCCACCAUCCGCUUUGCGCCCCUGAUGGGUCAACAUGAGCACUGGAGACAGCUUGCUGACCGGAAGCCGUGGACCACGGCCAUUAUUCUGGGAAGACGGGACGAGCUGAUCCAGCGGGAUGACUACGAGGAGGAUGCGCUGCCACUUGUUGGGGGCAAGGAGAAGGUGUUCUGGAGAGUUGUGCCCGGCGGGCAUAAUUUCCCCUUCACUCAUUCCAAGGAUGCACUUCAGGCAAUUUAUGAAUUCUGGGCUAUUUAAUUUGGCUGGGGCGCAUAAGUAUUAGAGGUUGUCAGCAGUUAGUUGGAUCGGCGACUAGACGAAUAGAUGAAUAGAAGAAUAGACUCAGGAGCAGGCUUGGAGUUUUAUAGCAAAGCCGACGGAGUGGGGCUUUGACGACAAGGACAUAACUAUACAUAACUAUACAUCAGGUAGUUUCGCAGUCAGCUUAUCAAAGAAAAU